AUGUACCCUAGUCAUGAGGCUCAGGAGUUGGAAGAAGAUGAAGUUGCUGACUACCUACUGGAAGACCAGGACGAGUGCGAAGUUAUGUUCCCACCCAGCAGAGAUGAGUCAGACCUGGAGCAGAGAAUUUGCGAAGAAGUUGCAUCGGAUGGGUCCUGCAACGAGCUGCCCGCCGACGAUAUGGAAGAGUGUCCAGAGGCAGAGAUUGGGUCUGCGUUAACGGAUAGCGAAAACGAAAAUGAAAAAUGGAGGUCAAUAUUUUCGUCAUCCAUAAAUAAAGAAGAUGAUGACUCCUACCUGGAUAGUCUGCAGUUGAGCGCUCAGGAGCUGUUUGUCAAAAAAGUUGAGGUGAACGAUCUGGUGGAAGAAGACCAGGGUGAUAUACAAGUCAGUCUGGAUGUGCCAAGAAUAGAUGAAGUUCUAGAACAACCAGAUGAUGUUGUUUCCAUUCCAAUUCCCUCACAAGAGGUCAAAUGUAACCUGUUGGGCGUUCAGAGCUUAUCCAAAAUCUCCGAAGAUGACGGUGAAAAUGGCCGUGAUGCACUUCAAAAUAUAAACUUUAACAAAGGUCGUGACGAGGACAGCAUGGACCAAAGCAAAAAGGUCCCCAUAGACUUCUGCGUAAUCCAGGAGACAAAGAGCGACAAUGUAAGUACAGAACAUGUUGAUUUUCAGCUGGCUCGCAAACAGUGGCUCGAGAUGGAAGGACAAACCAAAAACAAAGUUUAUGUCCCCGGCACCAAGCAAGCCCCUCUCCACAGCAGCUACAGCUUCAUGUACACACCAGUCCGCAACAUCGAACGGACGAACAAGAAAGGCCAUAAUCUGGAGAAUUUGAAUCUUUUUGGCGAGUACCCCAGCACUCAAUUCAGUCCAUGCUCAGAGGAUUCAGGUCUGGGAGAUUCAAGCUAUAGAUCUCCAUAUGAGGAUUUGGAGACGCCCGUGGAGAAGGAGAUCAGGAUGUCCAUGGAGCGGGAAGAGAGCUUCAGGAGAGAGAGAGGGCUUUCCAGGAUGGGGAAAUCAACCGACUGCGCCCCGUCAAGGAGUAUGCCCAGGUCUAUCAGCACUCCUCUGACACCAUCUUUCAUCAUAACUUCGUCGCCUACUAAAGAGCCCCUCGGCGAUGUGUCAGCUCACAACGUCAUCAUCGUGGACCCUACUAGUGAGUCAGGUCACCGACUGGGGAAAGACCUGGGGGCUUGCUCUGGUGAGUGGCGAUCGGAGGACACCAGCUCUAGUCUCAUCAUCCUGGAGACAUCCAACGUGAUCAUCCGCAGUGCCUCAGAGUACUCGCUCAACAAGGUAUGCGGCGACCAGCCCGAGGAGAAGAUCUUCCUAAGCAACCCGUUCUUCAAGCUGCGUUCCCGGAGCACAAUCUCGCUGGUGGACGAGGAGAUCAAACAGGCCAAGCAGAGGGAGGAGGAUUUGAGGAAGGAGAGAGAAGAGCGGGCAGGGCUGUUCAAGUCCAACCACAAGGACACGCUCUCCUUCCACACCUCAGAGCCAGUCAAGUGCAAGUCGUCCCCCUCGUCGCCCAUGAAGACAUCUUACAAGAUGGAUCGCUCCGUGCUGUCCUGCGACCACAGAUUCCCAGAGGUUUACAGCGGCGUGAGGAGGAAGAGUGCCAUGGCACUGCGCUGGGAGGCCGGGGAGUUUACCAAGGACUAG